AUGCCCGAUCCAGCUAAGCCUGCACCGAAGAAGGGUUCCAAGAAAGCCGUGACCAAGACGGCCGGUAAAGGAGGAAAGAAACGCAGAAAGUCCAGGAAGGAGAGCUAUGCUAUCUAUGUGUACAAGGUCCUGAAGCAGGUCCACCCAGACACUGGUAUCUCUUCCAAGGCGAUGGGUAUCAUGAACUCUUUCGUGAACGACAUCUUCGAGCGCAUCGCUGGAGAGUCCUCCCGCUUGGCCCACUAUAACAAGCGUUCCACCAUCUCUUCCAGGGAGAUCCAGACGGCAGUGCGUCUGCUUCUACCCGGAGAGUUGGCCAAGCACGCCGUGUCUGAGGGAACAAAGGCCGUCACCAAGUAUACCAGCUCCAAGUAA